UUCCUGACUCACAGAAACGCUUUCCUCUUUAUUUUUAAAAUAAACACAGCAGUGAAAGGAGCAGCCACGUUUGUGCCACCCAAGCCACCGCAGGGAGCGCUAUGUGUUGGGCUCACACCUCUCCCAAGGGCACGACGCGGGUCCUCCAAGCCUUUAAGCCUCGCUUUUCCCUCAGCUGUCCCCUAAAUCCUCCUUGCCCACCUCCGCACCCUACAAACCCACAGAGGGCCGAGACCCGCCCGCAGGCCGCGGCGGUCGCCAUGACAACGCGCGGCGCCUCCUCCGCUCAGCUCCGCCUUCAAGCGGGCGGGCUCAAACUCGAUUCUCCACCCUCAGACCUCCAGGCCCGGCAAUCUUCUUCCCUCCCUCCCCCCCCCCCCUUUUUUUCUUUUCUUUUUUUUUUUUUCCUUUCCCCUUUUUUGCUCCGCUGUGGCCUAAAGCCGGCGCGCCGCGAUGGCUCCGGCCGUUGACCGGGAGGGUUAUUGGGGCCCUCCGACCUCCACCUUGGAGUGGUGUGAGGAGAAUUACGCCGUCUCCUACUACAUCGCCGAGUUCUGGAACACAGUGAGUAACCUGAUUUUCAUUCUACCUCCAAUCUAUGGUGCGAUUCGGACCUAUAAAGAUGGCCUUGAAAAGCGGUAUUUAGCUGCGUAUUUAUGUCUUACAGCUGUGGGAUUGGGAUCUUGGUGCUUCCACAUGACCCUGAAGUAUGAAAUGCAACUGUUGGAUGAACUGCCAAUGAUAUACAGUUGUUGUGUCUUUGUCUACUGCCUGUACGAAUGUUUCAAGUACAAGAACACAGUCAAUUAUCCAAUGAUUUUCAUUUUAAUAACGUACAGCUUCAUAGUCAGCAUAGUUUACUUAAAAUUGAAACAGCCUGUGUUCCAUCAGAUCAUGUAUGGAACACUAGUUUCUGUUAUAGUUCUACGAUCUGUUUAUAUAGUAUUAUGGGUAUACCCAUGGCUUAGAGGUCUAGGCUAUACAUCUUUAACUGUAUUUCUAAUGGGAUUUUUCCUCUGGAAUGUGGACAACAUUUUUUGUGAGAAAUUGAGAGCACUACGAGAGAAGAUGCCUCCUGUUUUGGGAGCUGUGACACAGUUUCAUGCGUGGUGGCACAUUCUCACAGGCCUGGGCUCUUAUCUUCAUAUCUUGCUCAGUUUAUACACAAGGACACUUUUCCUGAAACACAGGCCAAAGGUGAAGUUUCUUCUUGGAAUAUGGCCUGUUCUUCUUGUGGAGCCACCCAGGAAGCUUUGACUGAGACCUGGGCCAUCACGUGCAUCCACUUAGCCUGGCUGAAUAAAGUGAUUCAACACUUACUAUGG